ACUCAUGACGUGUCGCGGAAGUUGAACAAAACAUUUGCGUUGUGCGAGCCUAUCUGAAUCAGAUUUGGUUCACGGUGAUCAUAUGAGAUAGUAAAUAUGGUUGUUCGCUUUGACAGUUCGCGACAGAGUUCACGAUGAACAGGUUCGAGUAUGCCGAUUCUCGGUUUAUGCCGAAUGAGGUUUUCGUGAGACGCGACACGGUCGUGCGACUUUAUGAUGGUGAUGCGAAGACAAAUUUCGAAAGUGGCGAAUUAAUCCUAACUAGUCACAGAAUACUCUGGGGCAGGCCCGGUGAUAUCUCACGAGGUAAUACUUGUUUGUCGUUGUCGCUUAGACAUAUCGUUUUCUUUGAAGAGGAGAAUCCCGGUCCAUUUGCCUUUGGGCGUAGUAAGAAGAUUGUGCUACAUCUUUCGGAACCAGCUGUUGAUAAGAUGCCUGGUCCAGCAGACAAUAGCUUGUACAAUUAUGUUAAAUUAUCAUUCAAAGAGGGUCUAGACCCAAAUUUUAUAAUACAAUUGUCAGAUACUAUUAUGAGACAAAUAUGGGAGUUUACACCUGCCACUGGAUUAAUUGUGAAUGAUAAUCAGGGAAACUCAAAACUGCUACCUCACAUAAAAACGAGAACGGGUAUCAUAGGCAUUGAAAGAAGUCUACAGGAGAAACAGAAAGAAACGGACGAAAGUAUAUCGUUGGCAUUUCAAGAUCUUAGAAAGCUUAUGGACAUGGCUAAAGAUAUGGUGGCUGUCUCAAAGACCAUUUCAGCUAAAAUAAGGGCAAGGCAAGGAGAUAUAACAGAGGAUGAAACUGUCAGAUUUAAGGCUUACUUAAUGAGCUUGGGCAUCGACGAUCCGGUAACGAGAGAUGCAUACAAGAGCAGUAACGAGUAUAUUGAACAAUUGGCAAAGCAGCUUGCAUGUAUCUUAGAAGAGCCGAUAAAGGAAGUAGGUGGCAUGAUGACCCUCACAGACGUUUACUGCCGUGUAAACAGAGCGAGAGGUUUGGAGCUUUUAUCCCCUGAAGAUUUAUUACACGCCAGCAGACAAUUAGGGCCAUUAGGUUUGCCAAUUGUGUUAAGAAGUUUUGAUAGCGGUGUUAUGGUUCUUCAAAUUCGUUCUCACAAUGAUAAUGCUAUUGCCGAUUGUAUAUCGGAAUUGUUGAAGGAAAAGGGAUCUAUGACGGCCGAGGAUCUUGCACAAUCGGAGGGUAUAUCAGUAUUAUUAGCGCGCGAACGAUUACUAGUCACGGAGAAAUAUGGCAAAGCUUGCAGGGACGAUUCGAUAGAAGCUCUGAGAUUCUAUCCCAAUCUAUUUUUAGAAGAAAUAUCUAGUGAAUAAUUUUAAGGUAUCACAAAUGUACGAUUGAUUGCCUUUUCAAAUUAAUGUUGGCCAUUGUGUAACACCAACACUUUAAAGUUUUACAUAUUUCUUAAGUUUUCAUGUGUCCAAAGUGCAGUUAAAUUAAACGCUAUUAAAGUUGAAUUGUGAAAUACAAUACUUAUUUUUUAAGCAUAAUUAUAUUUACUUCUUCAUAAAGUCAUAAAUAUAUAAUGCUUUUUGAACAA